CACUGCACCAGUGACCCCUCCUACCCCAGGCACCCUUCCCUGUGAGUCACCGAACAUGGUGGAGAGCUCUGAGCAGCAGGGGGAGGGCUGGAGCCCAGCACGUUAACUCCGGUGCUGCCAACUUCCAGCACCGAUCACCCCCAUGUACCAUGGCCCGCUGGAUACCCACCAAGAGGGAGAGGUUCGGAGUGGCCCUCUACAACUUUCAAGGUAAAUCUGAGGAAGAGCUGAACCUGCAGGUGGGAGAUACGGUGCAGAUAUUCGAGACGUAUGAAGGAUGGUACAGAGGAUUCACAUGGAGGAACAAAUCAAAGAAAGGGAUAUUUCCAGCUGUGUAUAUUCAUCAUAAAGAAGCAACAGAUGACAAGGGGCACCAUGAGCCAACAGGUCCCAGUGAACUUCCUCUGGUACAAGAAGUUACAGUCACACUGCGGGAAUGGAGUGUAUUAUGGCACUCGCUCUAUGUGCUCAACCAGAGAACACAGUUUGCACAGAUACAAGAAAUGAUGUCGCAGCUGAUGGACUGGAGGUCACAGAUCAUGUCAGGCACUCUACCUAAAGAUGACUUAGCUGAACUGAGGAAAAAAGUCACUGCCAAAAUUGACUAUGGGAAUCGAAUACUGGGUUUGGACCUUGUGGUAAGAGAUGAAAAUGGAAUCAUGCUCGAUCCGGAUGACACCUGCGUCAUUACCUUGUUCCGCUCGCAUGAGAUGGCAUCAAGGCGAAUUGAUGAGAGGAUCCAGGAGGAAAAGUCUCAGCUGCAGCCUCUUGAUAUCCGCAGUCCGGCCAUGCUGCAUGUGGCUCACACAUACACCCUAUAUGUGAACUUGAAGAACUUUGUGUGUAACAUGGCAGAAGAUGCAGAGCUCCUCAUGUGUCUUUACGACCCAGACACCUCCCAUUUCAUCAGUGAAAAUUACUUUGUCCGCUGGAGUAGUUCUGGUAUGCCCAAAGAAAUAGAGAAGUUAAACAACCUGCAGGCAGUGUUCACAGACCUCAGUAGCUUGGAUUUGAUUCGUCCCCGGUUCAGCCUGGUGUGCCAGAUAGUGCGCGUGGGACACAUGGAGCUCAAGGAUGGCAAAAAACAUACGUUUGGCCUUCGGAGGCCUUUUGGGGUUGCAGUGAUGGAUAUAUCCGAUGUUAUACAUGGGAAGGUGGAUGAUGAGGAAAAACAACAUUUUAUACCAUUUCAUCCGGUGGCCAAAGAAACCUACAUCAGUCAACGGCAGCUCAUCAUGUCUCCUCUGAGCUCGUCACGUGUAUUGGCUGAGAAUGAGCCUCUCCCCACCAUCUACAACAAGGUGGUUGCAGCCAAAGAGGUCAACCACAAGGGACAAGGGCUUUGGGUUUCUCUUAAGCUUCUACCAGGAGAUAUCAAUCAGGUACAGAAGGAAUAUUCUCACCUAGUGGAUCGAUCUACUGCUGUGGCCCGGAAAAUGGGAUUUCCAGAGAUUAUCCUGCCUGGAGAUGUUCGUAAUGACAUCUACAUUACUCUGAUCCAGGGCGAGUUUGACAAAGGCAAGAAGAAAACCCCCAAGAAUGUGGAAGUCACAAUGUCUGUGCAUGACCAGGAUGGUUCAGUGUUAGAGAAAGCAAUCGCUCUUGGAGCUGGGCAGGAGGGGCUGCCAGAAUACAAAUCUGUUGUGUAUUACCAGGUCAAGCAGCCAUGUUGGUAUGAAACAAUCAAGGUCACCAUACCAAUAGAGGAUGUCAGCCGCUGUCACCUUCGCUUCUCAUUCCGGCACCGCUCAUCUCAGGAAUCUCGUGACAAAUCAGAGAAGGUGUUUGGAGCUGCUUUUGUCAGGCUGAUGAACCAGGAUGGUACAACGUUGAGGGACGGCAUUCAUGACCUCAUCAUUUAUAAGGGUGACAGCAAGAAGUUAGACGAUGCCAAGCUUUAUCUGUUACUCCCUGCUACAAAGGAGGAAGAAGAGGAAGUCCGUUCUCCAAGAGGACACGCGCCCACCAUCACCCCCACAAAGGAUAGCUUCCAAAUAAGCAUGCGGAUUUGUUCCACUAAGCUCACACAGACUGUGGAUUUACUUGGCCUGUUAAAUUGGCGGUCAAACCCCCGGCCUAUUUCUCAAGCACUCCGGAAACUCAUGGACGUGGAUGGAGGCGAGAUCAUGAAGUUUCUGCAGGACACAUUGGAUGCACUGUUCAACAUCAUGAUGGAGAGUCCAGACAAGGAGAGCUGUGAUGUGCUCGUGUUUGAUGCACUGGUUUUCAUAAUUUCUCUGAUCGCAGAUAUUAAGUUUCAGCACUUUAAUCCCGUCCUAGAGACCUACAUCUCUAAGCACUUCAGUACGACGCUGGCUUACGAGAAGCUGAUUAAGGUUCUCACGUGGUAUGUCAGGAGCGCGGAUGACCCGUGUCGCAGAGAGAUGCUCUUUUCCUCUCUUAAAGCCAUAAAGUAUCUUUUCAGAUUUAUAGUCCAGUCCAGGGAACUCUACCUCAGAUUUUAUGGUCAGGGCGAGGGAAACGACCAGUUCAAUGACUCUAUACGCCAGCUCUUCCUGUCCUUUAAUGAGCUGAUGGACUGGCCAUUGGAGGAAGCUGUGAAGAUUAAGGCAGCAGCCUUGAAGUAUCUUCCAGGAAUUAUCAAUCACUUGAAGACCGUCUUUGAUCCUGUGGAACUUAGUGUCCUCUUUGCCAAGUUUAUGCAGAGUGUUCCACCAGACCAACUCGUCCAUCAGACACUGGCCUGCAUGUGCAAAGUGGUGGAGAGUGACCUCUUCCUGCAACAAGAGUGCAGAGAUGUCAUUUUGCCUCUCCUCAUUGACCAAUUAAGUGGACAACUAGAUGACAAUUCUAACAAACCAGAUCAUGAUGCCAGUGGACAGCUGCUGAGCAAUAUAUUGGAAGCUCUUCAGAAUAAGGAGUCGGGGGACACGACACACCACAUCCAGCUCAUCAUGGAGCGCCUGCUGCGAAGGAUAAACCGAACGGUGAUUGGAAUGAGCCGGCAGUCACCACACAUAGGUCGUUUUGUAGCAUGUAUGACAGCUGUCCUCAGACAAAUGGAGGAUUACCACUAUGAUCAUUACAUCAGCACAUUCAGGACUCGACAAGACAUCAUAGAUUUCCUGAUGGAAACCUUUAUCAUGUUUAAGGACCUGAUUGGAAAACGGGUAUUCCCAAGGGAUUGGAUGCUGAUGACAAUGACACAAAACAAGGUGUUUCUCCGUGCUAUGAACAGGUUCUCUACUGUUCUCAACAAGUUCUUCCUUGAUCAGGCCAACUUUGAACUACAGCUCUGGAAUAACUUCUUUCACCUGGCCGUGUCACUUUUAACCCAUGAAUCGCUGCAGCUGCACACCUUCUCCCAGGAGAAACGACACAAAAUUCUAUGCAAGUACGGAGAUAUGCGAAAGGAGAUUGGUCUGAAGAUUAGAGAUAUGUGGUAUAAUCUAGGCCCUCACAAGAUUAAGUUCAUCCCUUCCAUGGUGGGACCAAUCCUGGAGGUGACUCUCACUCCAGAACCAGAUUUACGUAAAGCAACAAUUCCCAUCUUCUUUGACAUGAUGCAGCAUGAAUAUAACUUCAGUGGGAGCGGCCAUUUUCACAUGUUUGAGAAUGAACUUAUCACUCGUCUGGAUCAAGAGGUAGAGGGUGGCCGAGGGGACCGACAGUACAAGGACCUCCUAGAGAAGCUCUUAUUGGAAAAUUGCCGGAAACACAAGUAUCUGUCUAGCUCCGGGGAAGUUUUCACCCUCCUGGUCAGCAGCCUCCUGGAGAACCUCCUCGAUUACCGAACCAUAGCCAAUGAUGAAAGUGAAGAGAACAGGAUGAGCUGCACCGUCAAUCUGCUGAAUUUUUACAAAGAAAAGAAAAGGGAAGAUAUUUACAUUCGGUAUGUGUACAAGCUGAGGGAUCUGCAGCUGAGCAAGGAAAAUUACACAGAGGCAGCGUAUACCCUACUGCUCCAUGCUGAGCUGCUGCAGUGGUCAGAUAAACCAUGUGCACCUCACUUGCUACAACGAGACAGCUAUACCGUCUACACACAGCAAGAGCUGAAGGAAAGACUCUACCUGGAGAUCAUAUCCUUCUUCGACAAGGGAAAAAUGUGGGAACAGGCAAUCAUACGCAGCAAAGAGCUUAUAGAGAUGUAUGAGAACCAAAUCUUUCACUAUGAGGCCCUGAGCGACCUGCUGAACAAGCAAGCCACUUUCUACCAGAACAUCAUGCGAUCCCUGAGACUACAACCAGAGUAUUUUGCUGUGGGAUACUACGGCCAAGGAUUCCCAUCUUUCCUGAGGAACAAAAUCUUCAUAUACCGGGGGAAGGAAUACGAACGCCUGGAGGAUUUCAACCUUUGGCUACUGACUCAAUUCCCUAAUGCCGAGAAGCUGUCCAUCAGUUCCCCGCCGGGGGAGGAGUUUAGAAAUUCUCCCAAGCAAUAUGUGCAAUGUUUCAGUGUGAAACCCCUGAUGAACCUCCCACCGCGGUACAAGGACAAGCUGGUACCGGAGCAGAUUCUCAGCUAUUAUCGGUUUAAUGAGAUGCAAAGUUUUUCUUAUUCCCGACCCUUCAGGAGAGGCGAGAAGGACCCAGAUAAUGAAUUUGCAACGAUGUGGAUAGAGAGGACGACAUUCAGCACAGCCUAUAAACUGCCUGGCAUCCUGAAAUGGUUUGAAGUCAAACAGUUUCACACUGAAGAGAUUAGUCCACUGCAGAAUGCAAUCGAGACAAUGGAGCUGACCAAUGAAAAGAUAAGUCACCAGGUCCAGCAGCACCGGGCUGACCCCAGCCUCUCACUUCACCCUCUCUCAAUGCUGCUCAGUGGUAUUGUUGACCCAGCAGUCAUGGGAGGAUUCUCUAACUAUGAAAAGGCUUUCUUCACCGAACGCUACCAACAGGAAAAUCCCUCAGACCAGGACAAGAUUGAGCUGCUCAAACAGCUAAUUGCUUUGCAGAUGCCACUCCUGGCUCAAGCAAUCAGAAUACAUGGGGAAAAGCUAACCGAAAAUCUACGGCCUCUUCAUGACCGGCUGGUGUCUUGUUUCCGAGAUUUGAAGGGGAAAGUGGAGAAAUUGUAUGGGACCAUAACACUGCCCUCCAGUUUGACAGAUCGGAAGCUGAGCCGAGCUGGCUCUGUAGUGGUUCCAUAUAUCACAUCGGCCACACUAAGAAGAUUGUCCACAGUUUCCUCUUCUUCUUCAGGAAGUGGUAGCUCUAGACCAGGAUCAGAAGGGUCCAUUCCCGAACCUGUUCCUCCUCGUCGUGGAUCCCUUAUUUCACGACUAGAUGAGCAUGGUGACCGGGAGGAUGGAGACAACCGACUAAGUAAACUGAAGCAUAAUGUGAGCCAUUCACAGUUAAUCAUUGAGCGCACUAAGGAGAGGGAGGUGAAGACACAAACCCUUCCUGCCAAAUCCCAGCGGCCUAAGAGCCUACAGCUCACAGAUGGACGUCUGUCCCUUCACACAGGUUCGCUAGGCCAAGGGGCAACACCAUUGACUCCUUCCCCAAUUACUCCUAAAACGCCGCGAACCCAUAGUUUCCCAUCUCUCUCUAUCCAUGGUGAUAUGACCGCACAGAUAAUGGGAUCUCCUCCACCUCCACCUCCUAAAAGCAGAUCCAAUGAAGGCAACCAGCGACUGUCCACAGAGAUUGCUCCUGCAAUGCCAAGACGCGAUGAAGGAAAGCCACCAACCCCACCUCCAAAAGCUAGGAAAUCGAGUGUAAUCCAUGAACCUGCACUUUGAUCUUCCAAGAACUUGUUAGACCAUUUAUUAAAAAGGGAAGACUGGAGAACUUGUGAAUUCAUCUAGCCAAGACUUCGAAGACUAGAUGACUAUCC